AUGAAGAUUUUACCUUUUAUUAAUAUUUUUACGUAUAUAUUUUUCUCUUCGAUAUAUAAUUUUUACAUUGACAAGAGUACUUUCUAUAAAUGUGGAAAUGUGAAGAUUGUUGUCGAUGGGAAAUUAUGUACAAGAAUUAAUAGAUAUCUAGCGAAAUGUAAACAAAAUAAAGAUUUACAUAUUGUUGGAUUAAAAGAAGAAAUACCAAAUAAUAGAGUAUAUGAAAAAAAAAAAGAUAUAUCUAAUAAUGAAAAAGAACCUACAAGAAGAAAAAAACAACCAGCUGGAUGUUUAUUAAAGAAUUCGAAAGUCAAUAGAUCAUUUGUAAAAAGUAAAUCCUGUAUGUUUGAAACAAAAAAAUACUCCCGUCGAGAAAAAAAAAUAUUCAAAGAACUUGAUUAUAUAGAUUUUCUUAAAAGCAACAAGAAUAUUAGUGAUAAGACUUACAAAAAAAUAAUGCGUAAAAAAUUCUCAUUACGAUUAGGAUCCCCUUUAUUAUUGUUUUUGUUGUUAUCAACUCUACUCAUAGUAGAUAUAUCCCUGUGUUCUCCAUCUGGAGGAAAGGGAUUUUGGGAGCUAUUAAAUUUAGACACGACUUUAAGUUCCUUGAAUACAAUUUUGAAGCCAUAUUUUAGUUGGUUAUUGCCUGCUGCAAGUACAUCUGAUAGCGUAUUAGGAGCAUUAUUUAAUAUUGUAUUAUAUGUUAUACCUUUUUUAAUAUUAGGUGUUACACUUAUAUCGUACAUUUUUUAUUACCAUAAAAAAGCUAAAAAAUAUGAAAAAAUUAAGUUCAGUAAAAAGUGA